AUGACGGCCAUAGACACCUUCUUCCGUCAAGCGGGAGUGGACCUGGCCGUCCGUGCCUGUAGAAAGGCAAUGCGUGAGAGCGGCUGCACCGCGGCCGACAUCACGCACACCGUCGCAGUCACAGCAACCAACCACGGCUGCCCAGGCUACGACGUGCUCGUCGCCAGCAAGCUGGGCCUGCCGCCGUCCGUCGACAGCAUGCUCCUGCAGGGCGUGGGCUGCUCCGGCGGCCUGUCCCUGGUGCGCGCGGCGGCCAAAGUCGCAUCCGCCGCGACGGCCCGGAACCGCCCCGCGCGCGUCCUGGCGUACACGUGCGAGAUCUGCACGGCGAUGCUGCGCUACGACCUCGCGACGGCCGAGGAGAGCGCAGACAUGUCGCUGCUGAGCCCGGCCGCGACGAUGCUCUCGGACGGCGCCGCGGCUUUCAUCCUCUGCAAUGACCAGGGACGCGAGGGUCUCGCGCGGGGAGUGCGCGGGGAGUGCUUGCAGCUGCUUGAGUCCGAGAACAUGGUUGUCCCCAACACCCAUGCGGAUGUGGGCUUCUUUGCGGACCCUAACGGCAUGUGA